GGUCCACAACACACCCCACAUCUCUCUCUCUCUCUCUCUCUCUCUAAAACUAUUUCUCUCUCUCUCUUUCAGUUGUUUGCUGCUGCUGCUAACUUGCGCGCACACCACUGCUUAUCCUGCGCUCCACGCCUGAGAUGACUCCGGCGGUACAGGAGUGCCCAAUAGGGUUAAGAUCAGACGGCUGUAGAUUAGAGAUUGUAUAGAGGGAACCACGCAAAUGGACGGUCCUAAGAGCCAAGCGAAGCUUACGAGGACUCAGUCGUCUCUUCUCCGGUCAUCUCCGACCAUCCGAUCGUCAAUCCACAGCCUCUCUUCCGUGAACGAGAUCACGUCAGAGCAAGAAGAAGACAUAGAAGAACAGAAGCCACACAAGCCCGGUUCAGCCCCGGUUCGUCGCUGUUAUCGCCGGUUCGUCCCCGUUCUCGCUAUACUCUCCAUCACUCUCUACACCCUUUACCUCUAUUUCGGAAACGACGACGUACCCACAUCGGAAAACCUCCUCUUAGCCCUGAUUUUCCUCGCUGUCUUGCUCUUUUUCGCCGGAAAGAACAAGGGUUUGGUCCACCAAACCUUGGCAUUUCUGAGAAAAAUCUUGGAUGAGUACAAAAAGAAACUUGGGUUCUCCAAAAACAAUCCCAAACCGGUCCAAUGGUUCAUCGGGGAGUCCACAGAGUCGAUAAAGGACAAAAGAGAUGGAAAAGACAAGCGAAUUAUACGAGAAGGUGUUGAGUUUUACAGCAAUGGCGAUUUCUACGAAGGGGAGUUUCAUAAGGGGAGGUGUAAUGGGAGUGGAGUGUACAAUUACUUUGUAAAUGGAAGGUAUGAGGGUGAUUGGGUUGAUGGGAGGCAUGAUGGGUAUGGAAUUGAGAGCUGGGCUAGAGGUAGCCGGUACCGGGGUCAGUAUCGACAAGGUCUCCGGCACGGUUUUGGGGUUUAUAGGUUCUAUACAGGGGAUACUUAUUCAGGGGAAUGGUUUAAUGGGCAGAGCCAUGGUCUCCGGCACGGUUUUGGGGUUUAUAGGUUCUAUACAGGGGAUACUUAUUCAGGGGAAUGGUUUAAUGGGCAGAGCCAUGGAGUUGGAGUUCAAACUUGCUCUGAUGGAAGCUGUUACAUUGGUGAAUUCAAGUGUGGGGUCAAGCAUGGCCUUGGUUGCUACCAUUGUAGAAAUGGGGACAGAUAUGGCGGGGAAUACUUUGGCGACAAAAUCCAUGGAUUUGGCGUAUAUCACUUUGCUAAUGGCCACUGCUACGAGGGCUCGUGGCAUGAAGGCCGUAAACAAGGGUAUGGCAUGUAUACGUUCAGAAAUGGUGACACAAGGUGUGGCGAAUGGGACUGUGGCAAUCUUAAGACACCUCUACCCCUACUAACGGACGCAGUCCUGCGAGCACUACAGGCUGCUAGAAAAACAGCUGCUAAUGCAAUUCACAUUCGGAGAGUGGAUGAACAAGUGAACAAGGCGGUGAUGGCUGCAAACAAAGCUGCCACUGCUGCUAGAGUUGCUGCUGUCAAAGCUGUUCAAAACAGGAUGGAUGGUAAAUUUUGCGAUACUGACAACAACAACAAUGACAACAACUGAGAGGGGACAGACAAGCUUUGCUUGCAAGUGUAAAUUUACUAAAAUGUUAAGUAUUAGGAAAGCAAAUCACCCCGGUGGGCACAAGCUCAUCGGAGGGUGAGAGAGAGAGAGGUGUAACUUGUACAAAAAUCCUUUGUGUACACCAUCAAUGGAAGUUGAAUGAGUUUUUUUCCCCCCUUCA